CAACUCUGAAUCCUACUCAUUGUCGUAUCAUGUAGACUGCCUUACCAAAUUUCAGUUUUGAAGUUUUCUUUUUUGAGAUACACUGAUCUGUCUCUGUCAAGACUGCUACGACUGGCUUGUGUGAGAUCAAGAAUUCAGUUGUGGUGAUAUUUGAGUGAACGUAGAUCUCGCAUUGAUUUUGGUAAGCUCUAUAUGAAUGAUGCUUCUGUUUUUACGUCUUAAACGGAGUUUUGGUUGAUUAUCUUUGGUUGGGUUUAGCGAUUGCUUUGUGAAGAAUGGGCGCAAGUGCAGGUCCUGCUGCCAUGAAGCCAACCUCUAAUGGGAUUUUCCAGGGUGAUAAUCCCGUUGAAUUUGCCGUUCCUCUUGCCAUCCUCCAGAUUUGCCUUGUAGUUGUGCUCACUCGUCUUCUCGCUGUUGUUUUAAAGCCCCUAAGACAACCUCGAGUCAUCGCAGAGAUUAUUGGAGGAAUAAUACUUGGGCCAUCGGCUUUGGGCAGGAACAAACACUAUAUGAAUACAAUUUUUCCCGCGAGAAGUUUAACUGUGUUGGAUACUUUAGCCAAUAUUGGUCUUAUCUUCUUUUUGUUCCUGGUAGGCAUAGAGUUGGACCCAAAGGCCCUUCGUCGGACUGGUAAGAAAGCUCUUGGAAUAGCCGUGGGAGGCGUUAGCCUUCCUUUUGUGUUGGGAAUAGGAACUUCAUAUGCCCUUCGUGCAACUAUUUCUAAAGGUGUAGAUGGAGGUGCAUUCCUUGUGUUCAUGGGUGUGGCUUUUUCUAUUACUGCUUUUCCUGUCUUGGCCCGUAUUUUGGCUGAACUCAAGCUUUUAACCACCGAUGUUGGGCGAAUGGCAAUGUCAGCUGCGGCUGUAAAUGAUGUGACUGCUUGGAUUCUUCUUGCUCUUGCCAUUUGCCUUUCUGGAACGGGGCGUUCUCCCCUUAUAUCACUCUGGGUUUUACUUUGUGGAUGUGGCUUUGUCCUUGUUUGUAUAUUGAUUGUACCGCAUAUCUUCGAAUGGAUGCAGAAGCGCUGCUCCAACGGCGAGCCUGUGAAAGAAAUAUAUGUGUGCGCUACGCUGUUAAUAGUUUUGGUAGGUGCAUUUGCAACAGAUGUUAUUGGAAUUCAUGCCCUCUUUGGUGCAUUCAUUAUUGGAGUUUUGGUCCCCAAGGAAGGGCCAUUUGCUGGUGCCCUCACAGAAAAGAUUGAGGAUCUUGUAUCAAGUCUUUUUCUGCCAUUGUUCUUUGUCUCCAGUGGAUUGAAGACUGACAUAGCCAAAAUCCGAGGGCUUCAGUCUUGGGGGUUCCUCGCUUUGGUUAUAGCUACAGCAUGUUUUGGAAAAAUUGUUGGCACUGUUGCUGUAGCACUCCUUUGCAAAGUGCAUUUCAGGGAGGCUCUUGCUUUGGGGCUCUUAAUGAACACAAAAGGCUUGGUGGAACUCAUUGUCCUCAACAUUGGCAAAGACAAAAAGGUAUUGAAUGAUCAAACAUUUGCAAUCAUGGUCCUGAUGGCGGUCUUCACAACCUUUAUCACCACACCUUUAGUCAUGGCUGUCUAUAAGCCUGGUAAAAGACCAAGCAAUGGCAUUUACAAGCAUAGAACUAUUAAGAGAGAAGAUCCAAAUCAUCAGCUCCGGAUUUUGGCCUGCUUCUAUUGUGUAAGAAACAUCCCCACAAUGAUUAAUCUGAUUGAGGCUUCUCGUGGGACAGAAAAGAAAGAAAGACUCUGUAUAUACGCAAUGCACCUUAUGGAGCUCUCCGAGAGGCCAUCUGCAAUACUUAUGGCUCAUAAGGCAAGAAACAAUGGAAUCCCCUUUUGGAACAAAGGAAAACACUCAGAUUCUGAUAAUAUUAUUGUCCCUUUUGAGGCUUUUAGACAACUAAGCUGCGUCUCCAUCCGGCCAAUGACUGCAAUCUCGCCAAUGCAUGAUAUGCACGAAGACAUAUUAGGCAGUGCCGAAAGGAAACGGGCUGCCAUAAUAAUUCUCCCCUUCCACAAGCACCAGAGGGUCGAUGGAGUCCUCGAAAAUACUCGAAACGAUUAUCGUUCCGUAAACAAGAAGGUUCUCGAGAAUGCACAAUGCUCAGUUGGGAUUUUAGUAGACCGUGGCCUUGGAGGAAACACACACGUAUCUGCCAGCAAUGUGUCUUCCAUUAUAACAGUCCUGUUCUUUGGGGGAAAUGAUGAUCAAGAAGCCCUGGCAUAUGGUCUACGCAUGGCUGAACACCCUGGAAUUACUCUAAAUAUAAUUCGCUUCCUCACAAGCCCUGAAAUUGCAAGGGAGAUUGUUGAUGUUGAAGCAAAGGAACAUGAGUCCAGCAGCAUUGCAGCAGAUGAAAACUUUCUUGACGAUAUGAGGCAAAAGUAUGCAACUAUGGAGUUAGUAAAAAUGGAAAUCAGAUUAGUGAGAAAUAGUGCAGAAACUGUUGAUGCAAUCAGGGAGUUGAAUCGAUGCAACAUGUUUUUGGUUGGUCGAAUGCCAGAUGGUCCAGUAGCAGCAUCCAUGGAUGUGAGGAGUGAUUGUGCAGAACUGGGGCCUGUUGGUAGCUUGCUGAUUUCGCCUGAGUUUUCAGCAUCAGUGUUGGUGGUGCAGCAGUAUACUGGUGGUGGAACAUCUGCCAUUCCAUGAUCUCCAAUGAAGAUACAGAAUCUGCCUGUUGAAAAUUGAAUUCUUAUACUAAUCAUUUUCUUAAUAAAAUUUAUCAGAAAUUUCGGACUAA